GCGGCGGGGGCCGCGGGCGGGCGGCCGGGCAGCAGGGAGGCCGCGCGCGGAGCCAGGGGGUCUGGGCGCUGGGGGGCGAGGGGGCCCGAAGUGCAGCCGGGGUGACUCGAAGGGCGCGGGAUCCCAAGGAGACAGAGAGGGCGAGCUGGAGAAGGACCCGGAGAGCGGCGAGGGCGCUCGGCGAGGGGUGGGGUAGGAAAUUGGGGGCACACCUGGAGGGCACACCGGGUCAAGAAGUAGAGCUGGUGCGUGGAGGGGACAGAGGAGGGCGAGGCAGGGAGCAGCGCGGGACGAGCGAGCGGGGGGACCCGGAGGUGCUAAGUUGUGAGGUGGUUUGAGAAGAAAGGCUGGGCCCGCGGAAGGGGCUCCAGGGGAGGUCCAGGCGUGGUGGAGGAGAUCCCAGAGGAGGUCGGGGCCGGGCAGAGCGCAGGCUGGGCUGGGCUCGGUCAGCCACGAGCAGGCGGAGCCGGCGUCUGAAGCCGGGGUAAGGGGCGCAGGACCCGGCGGGGAGCGGAUCCAGGGAGAGGGGGGCACGAGCUUAGGGUAGCCUCAGAGAGAGGACCUCGCAGACAGGCCGGGGCCAGGCCAGGGCAGUGCCCCUCAUGGGGGAAACCCCUUCCCGGGGCCACCGGCGCCAUGCUGUCCCGCAAGGGCAUCAUCCCUGAGGAAUACGUGCUGACCCGGCUGGCGGAGGACCCUGCAGAGCCCAGGUACCGUACCCGGGAGAGGAGGGCCCGCUUCGUGUCCAAGAAAGGCAACUGCAACGUGGCGCACAAGAACAUUCGCGAGCAGGGCCGCUUCCUGCAGGACGUGUUCACCACGCUGGUGGACCUCAAGUGGCCCCACACGCUGCUCAUUUUCACCAUGUCCUUCCUGUGCAGCUGGCUGCUCUUCGCCAUGGUCUGGUGGCUCAUCGCCUUCGCCCACGGCGACCUGGCGCCGGGAGAGGGCACGGCCGUGCCCUGCGUCACGAGCAUCCACUCCUUUUCCUCCGCCUUCCUCUUCUCCAUCGAGGUCCAGGUGACCAUCGGCUUCGGCGGGCGCAUGGUGACGGAGGAGUGUCCCCUGGCCAUCCUCGUCCUCAUCGUGCAGAACAUCGUGGGGCUGAUGGUCAACGCCAUCAUGCUGGGCUGCAUCUUCAUGAAGACGGCGCAGGCGCACCGGCGAGCGGAAACCCUCAUCUUCAGCAAGCACGCCGUCAUCACCCUGCGCCACGGCCGCCUCUGCUUCAUGCUGCGCGUGGGAGACCUCCGCAAGAGCAUGAUCAUCAGCGCCACCAUCCGCAUGCAGGUGGUGCGGAAGACCACCAGCCCCGAGGGCGAGGUGGUGCCCCUCCACCAGGUGGACAUCCCCAUGGAGAACGGCGUGGGCGGGAACAGCAUCUUUCUGGUGGCCCCGCUCAUCAUCUACCACGUCAUCGACUCCAGCAGCCCGCUCUACGACCUGGCUCCCAGUGACCUGCACCACCACCAGGACCUGGAGAUCAUCGUCAUCCUGGAGGGCGUGGUCGAGACCACGGGCAUCACCACCCAGGCCCGCACCUCCUACCUCGCCGACGAGAUUCUGUGGGGGCAGCGCUUCGUCCCCAUCGUGGCCGAGGAGGACGGCCGCUAUUCUGUGGACUACUCCAAAUUCGGUAACACCGUGAAAGUGCCCACACCCCUGUGCACAGCCCGCCAGCUUGAUGAGGACCGCAGCCUGCUGGACGCCCUGGCCCUCGCGUCCACGCGAGGGCCUCUGCGCAAGCGCAGUGUGGCCGUGGCGAAGGCCAAGCCCAAGUUUAGCAUCUCUCCAGAUUCCCUGUCCUGAGCCGCAGUGCCCUGGGCUCCCACUCGCGCGUGUGAGCACACGGAAAGUCAAGCGUGGUAUGUAGAGUGGAAGGAGUGCCAGCCCCUCGGCCAGAUGAGGUCUGGCGGAGACAGGCCCCUCUCGGCUCAGCCUCCCCGCUGCUGUGUGCCGGGUGUUCCGAGGCACUUGUCGCUAUGCUAUUUCUGGCCCCAGCAGGAGCCUGUACCGGGUUAUUUUUGUUCCUGCUCCUCCCAGGCCCAGUCAGGCCUGGCUUACCCCUGAGUCUCUGCCCAACUUUGGGGGAGGCUACAGAAGGUUUGGGGCUCCCAGAGCUAAGGUCUCAAAGCCAGUCUCGGCCUCUGUGAGUCAUCCUGCCAUAGGCAGACAGGUAACUGGGGAGAAGCAACCCCGAAUUGGGAGCCUAUCGCUGUUUCUGUUGCCACUGAGAAGUACCUGGCCAGGCCCCAGCCCUGUUCAUGCCUGUAAAAAGUGAUAGCUGAGGAAUCCUGCCAGCCAGGGAAAGAUGUGGGUGACAGAGCGUGGGAGCUGAGGGGCCCACACAGACAUGGCAGGAGAAGGCUUCCUAGGCAGCCAAAGCAGGAGGAAAGUGCUUGGAGACCUUGCUGGCCCCCGCUCAGACUUGGGUCACUGUACUUUGGCCUUGACUCCAGCCUCUGCAGAGAGCCCUGGCUGCGGCCUCAUUUUGUCCUCACCCACUUCAGGCAAAACUCGGCUCCUGGCUGCCCAUGGCAGCUGUGAGUCACUCUGUCCGGAGGACGGUGCUGGGUAGCCAUGGCUUGUCUCCGUCACUAGAAAAAGGAAUAUUGGAAAGUUCAGCCUGGAGAGGGGGAGAGAUCCCUUUGGCGAAGAGGCUUUGGGGCUUGCCGUGAGCCCGGACUCUCAGAGCAGUGUCCCGUGUGUGUGCCCCAAACACCACUGCCCCAUUGUCAAUAAAGCCUCCUCCCAUCCCUGA